AGUCGUAGAGGAAGCCAGGAGCUGUGAGCUUCCGUUUUCCGCUCGGCUCCCACCCCGCUCCGCCAUCAUCCAGCCCUGAACAAUAAAGAGGAUUAAAAUAAAACCAGGAAAACAAUUAUGGGACCGCUGGUGUCUGACAGCAGCCUCAAACUAAGCCAGUGACACCGUCUAUAAUGAUUAAAUAUGAUGGAAAAUGAGAGCGGCGGGGUUUCGGGGUCUGCUGCUGAGCGGUACAGCCGUUUUUUCAUUGACAAUCAGCUGAUGAUGUUCCUCUGGCGCUGAGUGAGACUCCUGAGUCUUAGUUUAAAACAUUACGACUUGCCAUUUUCUCUGGACAUUGAGCGUUAAGUAUAUGGCUUGAUGUUCAAAUGAAGAUUGUUUGUGUUGACUGAAGAAAGGAGCAGCAUUUUUUCCUCGUCAGGCCGGACACUGAGCUAGCUUUAGCUUUAGCUUUAGCUAGCUCCAGCGGAGACACCACGGCGCUGGCCAUGCCAUCGAGUGUGCGGGCCGGGAGUCUGAAGGACCCGGAGGUGGCUGAGCUCUUCUUCAGGGAAGAUCCAGAGAAACUCUUCACAGACCUCCGCGAGAUUGGCCAUGGCAGCUUUGGGGCCGUCUACUUUGCCCAUGACAUCCGCACCAAUGAAGUGGUGGCCAUUAAGAAGAUGUCGUACAGUGGCAAGCAGUCAAACGAGAAGUGGCAGGAUAUCAUCAAAGAAGUGAAGUUCCUUCAGAAGCUGCGGCACCCCAACACUGUGGAGUACAAAGGCUGCUACUUGCGAGAGCACACAGCAUGGCUGGUGAUGGAGUAUUGUUUGGGUUCAGCCUCAGAUCUGAUAGAAGUGCACAAGAAGCCAUUACAGGAAGUAGAGAUUGCAGCGAUCAUUCAUGGUGCUCUGCAGGGACUGGUGUACCUCCACUCCCACAACAUGAUUCACAGAGAUGUGAAGGCUGGAAAUAUCUUGCUGACGGAGCCAGGGCAGGUGAAAUUGGGAGAUUUUGGCUCUGCUUCCAUCGUGGCACCUGCCAAUUCCUUUGUAGGCACGCCCUACUGGAUGGCUCCUGAGGUGAUCCUGGCCAUGGAUGAGGGCCAGUAUGAUGGGAAAGUGGAUGUGUGGUCACUCGGCAUCACAUGUAUAGAGCUGGCGGAGAGAAAGCCUCCCUUAUUUAACAUGAAUGCUAUGAGUGCCUUAUACCACAUCGCUCAGAAUGAAAGCCCAGUCCUGCAGUCUAAUCACUGGUCGGAUUAUUUCCGAAAUUUUGUGGACUCCUGUCUACAGAAGAUUGCCCAGGACAGACCUACCUCUGACGUGCUGCUCAAGCAUCAUUUCCUGUGUCGUGAACGUCCUCUAACUGUGGUGAUGGAUUUGAUUGCGCGCACUAAAGAUGCUGUGCGAGAGCUGGACAACCUACAGUACCGCAAAAUGAAGAAGAUACUCUUCCAGGAAACGCACAAUGGACCUGCUGCAGAAGGCACUGAGGAGGAGGAGGAUGUGGAGCAGUAUAUGCUGCGCACAGGCACGGUGAACAGCAUGGAGAGCUCACACUCACUGCCCUCCAUGUCGAUCAGCGCCAGCUCCCAGAGUUCUUCAGUGAACAGCCUAGCUGAUGGCUCGGAUGACAGCGGUGAGAUGGCCAUGAUGCAGGAGGGAGAACACACGGUCACCUCCAACAGCUCCGUAUUGCACAAACCACUGAGCCAUGAUAAUAUCUAUGACGAGCCCUACCAGCCCGAGGUGGACUCACAGCAGCAGGGUCCGUCUGGAGGAGGAGGAGGUGGAGGGGGAAGGCGUCGUCGAGGCCGUGAUCACUUUGCCACCAUCCGCACGGCCUCACUGGUGACACGUCAGAUCCAGGAGCAUGAGCAGGGUUCAGCACUCAGAGAGCAGAUGACUGGCUACAAGCGUAUGCGCCGACAGCACCAGAAGCAGCUGAUGGCCCUGGAGAACAAGCUGAAGGCUGAGAUGGAUGAACACCAGCUGCGGCUGGACAAAGAGCUUGAGACACAGAGGAACAACUUCAGCAGUGAGAGCGAUAAGUUGAGCAAGAAGAACCAGGCCAUCCUGGAGAAAGAGAGUAAGAGUGCUGCAACUGAGGAAAAGAAGUUCCAACAGCACAUCUUGACUCAGCAGAAGAAAGAGCUUACCACUCUGCUUGAGUCUCAGAAACGCCAGUAUCGACAACGUAAAGAGCAGCUCAAGGAGGAGCUGAAUGAGAACCAAUCCACACCAAAGCGGGAGAAGCAGGAGUGGCUGGUGCAGCAGAAGGAGUGUCUGCAGCAGCACCAGGCUGAGGAAGAGGCAGGCUUGCUGAGACGCCAGAGGCAGUAUUAUGAGCUACAGUGCCGCCAGUACAAGAGGAAGAUGCUGCUGGCCCGACACAACCUGGAGCAGGACCUCCUCAGAGAGGACCUGAAUAAGAAACAGACACUGAAGGACCUGGAGUGUGCAAUGCUGCUGCGGCACCAUGAGUCCACACAAGAGCUAGAGCUGCGUCAGCUGGGUCUGGUGCAGAGAACUCGGGCAGAGCUGAUACGCACACAGCACCAGAGUGAACUCACCAACCAGCUCGAAUACAACAAGCGGCGUGAACAGGAGUUGCGCCAGAAACAUGCUGUCGAAGUCCGUCAGCAGCCAAAGAGCCUAAGAGUGAGUGAGCGUGACAGCACAGAGAGCAGUGGAGAGGGUCCUGACGGACAUGGGGAAGGGAUUGAGAGUUCAUGCAGUGGGCUGGUAAAGGAAAGGGCAGAAGAGGUUUUUGAGGGAGUAGAGAGGGAAGAGGAUGGGAGCAUGUUCUGUGGGGCGCACACUCCACCUGUGGAAAAGAGUGCACAGGAGGCAGAGAGUGUAAAAGUUGAUGAAACUGAGAAAAGAGGGGGUGAUGAAGGAAGCUAUUUGCAGCCUUUAGAUGAGCAUGGCAGAGAGAAAGAGGCUGAUGGAGAGACAGAAGAGGAGGUUAUGCUAUUUGAACAUGCCAAAGAAGAAAACAUAGAUGAGCAGAAGGAGAAGUGCCAUGAUUUGGGGGGAGAGAAUAAAGAAUGGCAGUUGGAGGAGAGAGUGGAAGACAAAGGUUUAGGGGAUCAAAGACUAGUAGAAGGGCUGCAGUGGGAUAAGGAGGAGGAUGCAAGCAGUGAGACGGAGGUAGAGACUGAGGAAGAGGGAGAAGAGGGUAGAGGCGUGGCUGAUGGCUGUCCAUCAGAGCUUAUCCCUUCCUCUUCUCUUGAAAUCCCUCAACGAGAUGAGCUCUCUGAAUUCUACUUCCCUGACACUCUAGAUGAACUGGAACCUCCUCCUAUUUGCCCUCCUCCCAGCACCCCCAGUUCUCAACCAUCCAUCCCUUCACUCUUUUCUCACACCAUAUGUCUUGUCCUCUCCCUCUCUGCAGCAGCCAAACCAUCCUUCCCAACCCUCCUCUUCCUCUCUAUCUUCCUUCUCUCCCUUCGCCGCUCUCCUCCUCUUCCCUCCCUUGCAUCCCUGGUUCUUUCAGCUGAGCUAGCCUUCUUGGCUCUCUUUUUCUCUUACCUAUUCCUUCGCUCACUCUGGUCACUCUCUCUUUCUGCAUUUUUCUCACUCGUGCUCUGGGCAUCGGGGCUGUUCAGUAUGGGCCUGGCACUGAGUCUGGGCCUCUAUUACGUUCCUUUGGCCCUGAUCUCGGCUUUCUUCCUCAGCUCGCCCUCACUCUUCCUUUCUCUCUACUUGGUGUUGGUGCUGGUGGUGCGUCCAGCGCGCGUCUUCCUCCAGAAUGCACCCCGAAAGCUUGCCCGAUUCUGGGUGCGUCUGCUUUUCCGUCUACCAAAGCCACUGUUCACUCUGUGCCAGUCACUCACGGGUGGCAUGGCUGAGCGCAGCCUCUUUGAUAUGUUUCCCAAAGCAGGACGUAAUUGUGGUGGAAGGCACUCCCGCAUACCUGUUCCUGCCCGGACCCUACGUACCGAGUUCCAGGCUAAGCAUGAGUCUUGGGUUUACGUUUGGGUCAAACGCUUUGCUCGGCGUCCCUUGGGCGUUUUAGCAGAUCUGGCUAAUUCGCUAGUGCUGCGUUUAGCAAACCGAAUACUUAAAGAGCUUCCUCCACAUUACCUGUGUAGAUUGAGGGCUUUAGGGCUUUUAAGGGAAGAGAAACCGAGCAGGCUGCCCCGACUCCUACCACGUGAAGUGAGGGAACAGAAGCGCAGGAUGAGGGAGAGGAGAGAGAGGGAGCGACGAAGAAGGGAGCGGGAGAUGAUGCACAGAGAGGAAGGGAGGUGGGAGAGUGGGCUGAGGAGGACAUCCUCAGGAAGGAGCAUGAGGGGGAAGAUUGUGCCGUGGAGGUAGAUAGAAAACAUGGCAAUUGCAUUACCAGGAGAGUGAACAAAGGAAUUGCCAAAGUAUUUGCUGUCUGUGUGAGUGACUGAUCAUUCAUGCUGUGCAUUCUUAUGUAUUUUUCCAUACAUUUUGCACGCUCAGAUUGAGCCUCAUAUGUUUACUGGCUUUAAAUCACCCCAUUACAUCCUGUCUGUCCAACUCCCAUAUUCACUAUCCAUCAAUCAGUGAAUAUAAAGUAUUAAUCAAGAUUGUGCUUUUUGUAAAAGUUUUACUGUCUUAAUUUUAAUCAUUGAAUUUUUUGUUCUUAAUUACUAAGAAGUAUGUCUUAUGGUUAUUAUUUCAUGACCAUGUUUGUGCAAUUUUUUUUUCACCCUUCCCUUUUGUGUUGGUGUGCUUGUGAAGGAUUUCAGAAAAGUUGCUAGCAUUACAGCUUAUUUCAAAAGGGCAGUCAGAGACUGAUGCUAUAGGCCUAAUUCUGAAGCCAUAGCUACAAUUAUUAAGAUGCAGAUGUCACUGUAGCACCCACUGUGAAAACUGUACUGUUAUUUAACAUUUUUACACUAUGGAGCACUCCCCUCAAUUUCCCUAACCCCCACUAGCCCAACCCUGGGGAAAAAACAAAACAAACAAACAAAAAACACUAUGAAUUUUGAUAGUAAAUUACUUGCAUGCUCUGGGAGAUCACUGUAUUCCCAUUUUGAUUGCUGUAAUAAUGACAGCUGCCUUGGUGUUAUAAUGAUAUGUUUUAGGCCUUACUUUAAAACAAUUCGCUUUGUUUUGUUUUUGUCAUUUGGCCUUUCUCUUCUCAAGAGUAACGGGUUCAAGUGAGUUUUGAAUGCAGCUUGUAAAGAAAUUGCAGUUGCAUGUUUGCCUCAGAACAUAAUGAAGCUAAAAAAAAGUCUGAACCAUUAGUCCAACCAUUAUUUUAAAGCCCAAUAAGCACAGAUCUGAGAGAAAUGUUCCAUGUCUCUAAGGCUACAUUUAUACCUAUAUGAGAAAAUGCCUUCAGGUUGAUUUGAGUACUGGGCUAAAUAGGGCUAAAAAGACGAUGAUCUUAAUAAUAGUGUUGUGUUUUAUUGGGAAUAAGUUUAAUUAUUUACUAUGUAUUGUGAUAGACUGGUGUCUCAGCCAGGGUGUAUUCCCACCUCACACCCAGGAUAGGCUCCAGAUUCACUGCAACCCUGACCAGGAUAAACGGUUACUGAAGAUGACUGAAUGAAUGAAUGAUUUACCAUGUAAACAUUUUAGUCAUAUACUUUUAUAUGAAGACAACAUAUUUACUGUUGGACAGCAAAUAUUCUACUUAUAUCAAAUUAUUUCAUAAUUUGCUUAGCUGUUUUUGUAGUUGCUAAGGCUACUUUCCUAAGGCUAAGCCAUUAUGGCAGCUCUGUGGGGUGUGCCGAUGAUCCAAAAUCAUACCAAAGAUCUCUAAAGCCAUAAAAUCCAUGAAAAAAACAAGACGCUUUAUUACUUAUUACUUACUAUCUUGCACUGUUCUAAUCUUAAAUGGUCUCAAUAUUGAUUAAAACUUGAAAAAAGCAUUUUAUUUAUUUAAAAAAGAUGGAAUGACCCAACAUAUUAGUACAAGAGUAGAUGCAAACCAAGGUUUGUUUUAUUUAAACAAAUUUUAAAUGAUAUGAGCUACAUAGAAGCAAAUUUGACCAAAUGUGAACCAGUAACAAAACACAGUUGUAGUUCAGCCAUAACAGUUGUUUUUGAAUGUAAUUUUUUGUGAACAUUUCAUCUUUGUUUACACAUUUUCUGUGUCUAUUCUUUGAAUCAGCAAUUAUUUAAAUAAUAUAUUUGUGCUUUUUUUUUUUUUAACCUUUAGUCAAGCACCUUGUGUUUCAAGGCCAUUCUGUGUGCAUUUCAUCCUCACUGUGUGAAUGAAUGGAUGUUCACUGUAUUUAAAUAUAAACAGUUAUUUUCUUAUGUCUUUAUGUCAAAUAAAUUUUUUUCUGUUGAAA